GCGAUAUACUGUUACAUAUCCCUCGUUUGUACUUGACGCCGUUGAAAUUCCGGUCUACAGCUUCGCCGUCGCUUGAUUUGUCAUGCCGCAUGCUCUAGAUGUCUUGCUUGUUAUUGAUUUUCUUGGAGCGGAGGAAAGCAUUAUUCGGUAUAUUUCGAUGGUGUUAUUUCUGCAUUUGCGAGCGCGUGCAAAAAAUUUCCAGAACGAAAAGAUUGUUUCUGUCUCCAGAAACACCUCGCUAAUCACCUUUAUCUCGGCUUUGAUGCUUAGUUGUGAGAGUUUCUAACCUUCAUUUAGAACAUGUUUAAAGACAGAGUGUGGUCGUACGGCGCUAUUACCGUGCAAGACAACGACAAAUCCUUCCGUCAAGGGAUGAUCACUGAUCUUCUUCAGCUUGAGAAGGGCUUCAUAAUUGACUUCGAUUAUCCAGAACACCAUUCCGAUUUUGUACCGUUUAACCGUUGCUUUGGUCCCACUCCGUCUGAUUUUUAUGCUGCUGGCGAAUCGGUUGAGGUUCUAUGCCGCAGCAGCAAGCAGGAGCCUUGGCGUUGGCAUCCGGCCACCGUCAUUGCUGGAUCCAUCAGGACCUUUGCUUUUGUCGAGAUGGAGUGCAAUGGUGAGAACAUCCGCCAGGUGGUACGGAGAUGGCAUAUUCAACUUCUUGGAGAAAGACCGCUGCUAGAUUUGGGAAGGUACCGAAGAUAUAGUGUACACCUUAGCCGGCCACUCCUGCAACUGGCCAGUGCGUGCAGCCAAGAGGAUCUGCAUUGGUGGAAUCGCACGCACGGGAAUGUCUUUACGGCUUUGUUGGUAAAGAUCGAAGAAGGCUACUUGAUCCACAUUACCAGCGACAUCGAGCCCUGUUUCACACAAACGCAUUUUAAAGAACUGGCCAAGAUCUUCCGGACAAUGGCUAACCGUUUACAUAAUCGCGAGAAUCCUCAGGUAUUUGCACCUCAGAUGAUUUUUCUACAUUCUGGUUUUGAGCAGGUAUUGUAUAUGUGGUGGCAGUGGUGCUAAGCAGGUAUAAAUAAACUUUAGUACGAUCUUUUUUUUCGAUAUUAUUAUUUGGAUUUACGAAAUAUUAUUCACCGUUGCAAAACAUUGUGGAGUCUCUGUCCCAGUCGGGAUUUUUGUUAAAUUCAUUCGACCGAAGUAUAGCUAAGGUUUACUGUGCUCAGUGGUAGUGGAAAGUAUGGUGUCCAUACGUCGGUCUAGCCCGGUCGGCUAGGUAAGAUUCACAUAAUCAUAAUCAUAAAACAUAACAAAUUUCUUUUGCUGAUUAGCAAUAUCAAAAUCAGAAAAUGUUCAAUUCUGAAAGUUGAUAAUGAAGCGUUGGCAGUGACCACUGCACGCGGCUUUCACUUGCCUACGAGUAGAUGGUCGGCAGCUUGAACCAUGUACAUACCGGUGCUUAUGUUGGGAAUACAGUGCAUUAUACAGUACAAGAAACAACCUCGGCUUCGCCUCCGCGUUUCUUGUAGUCAACGGCCAUUUUAUUUAGUUUUCAAUGAACAUUUAUUAGAAUAACAUAUUUCGUCGAAACAUAAUCGGUACAUCGUAUAAGUGCAAGGGUGUAAGGGCUUCAUAAUUGACUUCGAUUAUCCAGAACACCAUUCCGAUUUUGUACCGUUUAACCGUUGCUUUGGUCCCACUCCGUCUGAUUUUUAUGCUGCUGGCGAAUCGGUUGAGGUUCUAUGCCGCAGCAGCAAGCAGGAGCCUUGGCGUUGGCAUCCGGCCACCGUCAUUGCUGGAUCCAUCAGGACCUUUGCUUUUGUCGAGAUGGAGUGCAAUGGUGAGAACAUCUGCCAGGUGGUACGGAGAUGGCAUAUUCAACUUCUUGGAGAAAGACCGCUGCUAGAUUUGGGAAGGUACCGAAGAUAUAGUGUACACCUUAGCCGGCCACUCCUGCAACUGGCCAGUGCGUGCAGCCAAGAGGAUCUGCAUUGGUGGAAUCGCACGCACGGGAAUGUCUUUACGGCUUUGUUGGUAAAGAUCGAAGAAGGCUACUUGAUCCACAUUACCAGCGACAUCGAGCCCUGUUUCACACAAACGCAUUUUAAAGAACUGGCCAAGAUCUUCCGGACAAUGGCUAACCGUUUACAUAAUCGCGAGAAUCCUCAGGUAUUUGCACCUCAGAUGAUUUUUCUACAUUCUGGUUUUGAGCAGGGCAAAAAAUCAACCAUUACCGGCAACCUUCCAUGCGUCAACACAAUUUUGCCGUUAGAAUCCAUCAGCCAUAUAUUUUCCUUUCUGGAAUUACGCGAUCGGAUACGGUGCCAACUGGUUUGCAAAACGUGGCACCACAUUUCAGUAUCCUGCCAGCUACCUGUGAAAAUGGAAGUGUGUUCAUAUUGGCCUGACGAUUUUGCCAUAGCAGUGGACCGUUGCGUUACACGGUGCACAAAGACAAUAAUUUUUCAGUGUCACCACUGCCAAUGCGAGAAAGUUCAUUGUUCGCUGCAAACCCUAUUCAGUUUGCUGAAAGUUAAAAGCAUACGACUUAUUAAAAUCGUGCUAUCGCAGUGCGAUGUGUGGGCUGAUGAUAUUGUAGCCUUUUCCGACGCUCUUGUGCUAAAAUUUCGCUCCACACUGCGCGAUAUCUGCAACAUAUUCGUGCUGGACAAUGUACGCAUGUACGGGUUGCCUUAUGUAGACGCAGAAGCCUGUUCUUGCAUAUUAACAAGGGGAACAGGUAGCGUAGGUCUGGACUUAUUGGAUCUGGCUGCAGAGGUUCUUGUGAACAAAUGCGUGAUAAACACCAUUAACGAACAACAACUGGAAUCGGCGCUAGAUGUGCUGGAAAAGGGAUGCCCCCCGAUGCAUCAAGAGCAUCUUCCAUUACUGCUAAACCGGCUAGAGAGCGCAGCCUCGGCGACACCUGUGGUGUUACGGGUACUAAAUCAAUGGCAACCCGGUGACCCAAGAUUUGCCAGGAUUUCGGUGACUACAGAUUUUCCCUGGGAGAAUGUCCCUUUGGAAUCGCUGAGAAAAUUGACCUUGUUUGUUCUGCAGUGGCACAUGGCUGACAACUGGCCCCACAAAGCUGCAUGCCAUAAAUAUUAACAUAAAAUCAAUUAUUCAUAGGUAAUUUUUAAUCUAUAUGUAGACUUUAGAAAUCGCAAACCAUUGUAUGACUAAGCACAAAACCAAGCAAUGUAUCGGUAAGCCGUAAGAGAUUAGACGAAGUGGAUUACCCAGAUGUUGAAGAAAUGUAACGCGUGACUUUUUGUUUAGCCACUGAUGUAACCCGUGAUUUUUUGUUUCACCAAUGUUCCUGUGGAUAACCACUUGAUCUAUGAGCGUAAAAGCUAAAGCACAUCGUCAUUUUAAAAAAAUUGUCCUUGGACAUACGAUUCUGUGCCUAUAAGCUACGACUAAAAUGUAAGUGCUGCAAAGUGCAAACUUGCCAAAUGUUAUA